UUAUCAAACUCUCUCAACACACAAAACCCAAACUCAAAUCAAAAAACAAAACGCAUUGAAGACCAAUUCCAACGUUUGAAUUUUUACUCAACAACACAAGGAUUUUUCCAACAUGUCUUGCUCCGUCGCGGUUUCCAAUUCGCCGGUCUUCUCUCCCUCCUCUUCUCUCUUCUGCUCUAAGCCUUCCAUCAUCUCUUCUUCGCCCGAAUCCCUUUCCCUCUCCCUCUCCCACCUCAAACCUUCCAACACUAACACGGCCUCCUCUUGUUCUUCUCCUUCUGCUGCGGCUGCUUCCUCCUCUCCUUCUUCUCCUUUUCGCCUUCGCCUUCCCAAGCCUCCCUCCGUCUUCUCUGCCUCCUCCACCUCCCCCAACGGCACCGUUUUGAAGAGGAAGCGACCCGCCAGGCUCGACAUACCCGUUUCCUCUCUCACCUUCGGGGUUCCGCCCACGCCCUCCGCUGCGGCGCGUGACGUCGUCGAGGAUGAGGAGGAUGGCUUUGGGGUCUACUGCAAGAGAGGGAGGAGGGAGUACAUGGAGGAUCGUUACACCGCUGGGAAUAAUCUACGCGGUGUAAACAAACUGGCUUUUUUUGGCAUAUUUGAUGGGCACGGAGGUGCCAAGGCUGCUGAAUAUGCUGCAAAUAACUUAGAGAAGAAUAUUUUAGAUGAAGUGAUUAUGAGAGAUGAAGAUGAUGCUGAGGAGGCAGUGAAGCGUGGGUACCUCAACACAGACUCAGAUUUCCUGAAGGAGGAACUCCAUGGUGGCUCUUGCUGUGUGACAGCAUUGAUUAGGAACGGCAACCUUGUUGUGUCCAACGCUGGUGAUUGCCGUGCUGUCAUUAGCAGAGGGGGUGUUGCUGAAGCCCUAACAUCUGAUCACAGGCCUUCAAGGGAAGAUGAAAGGGACAGAAUUGAGAGCCUGGGUGGCUACGUGGAUUUAUGCCGCGGCAUUUGGAGGAUCCAAGGAUCUCUUGCUGUGUCUAGAGGAAUUGGAGAUAGACAUCUGAAACAAUGGGUGACAGCAGAACCUGAGACCAAAGUUCUCAGAAUUGAACCUGAACAUGACUUGUUAAUCUUAGCUUCAGAUGGACUAUGGGAUAAGGUUAGUAAUCAGGAAGCAGUAGACAUUGCUCGUUCUUUUCUCGUGGGGAGCAACAAAUCACAACCAUUGCUGGCUUGUAAAAAGCUUGUAGAUUUGUCUGUUUCACGAGGCUCCAUGGAUGAUACGAGCGUUAUGCUAAUCAAAUUAGAACACUAUGUUUAAAGUUUCGUUAGCACAACAGAAGAAGGAGGUAGUGCAUCAGGUCUUUUUAGAUUGCAGUUGAGACCCCCAUUGAGGUCCAGAUUGCAUAACAGUUUCUGAUUUUUAACCUUGGAGGAGGUGCCUGAUGAUAGAGUAACCAUUCUUUUCUGUAUAUAUAAAUCUGACCACAUCAUUGAAAUUUUUUGUACCUGCAUAGGGAGGGAUAUUAACAAGACCUAGUAAUUUUUUUACCAUAGAAUGAUUGAUGUAAUAAGCGUACAUUAUUAUUAUUAUUAUUAUGAUUAUCAUUACUAUUA